CGCAUUUCAAAAUGGCCGCGGAUAUGGCGGGAAUAAUUCAUCUUUGUUUUCAAAGAAAAAUUAGUUGAAAUUGGCAUAAGUAUUCGAUCUUUUUAAGAUUCAGCGAUGAGCGACGCUGCCUCUACAAAGGAAGAUUACAUGAAAGUGUGUGUUGAGUUGGGGAAGGAACCGGAUAGUAAUAUUUUAGCUGUACUCAACUCGGCAGUCGACGACAGCUUAUUGUAAGUUAUGGUGUUUACUCUUUUUGUAAAUUCAUGCUAAAAUCCCUCAAUCAUGCGUUGAGGCUUGUAAUCUAUAGUAUUGCAUUCUCUUAAUUUCGACGAAAACGAUUUCCGAUCACAUGAUUAAAUAGCAGCUUCCAAAAGUCUUGAUUAACUUUGAAAGACAAGUUUAGUGACAUUGAAAUUUACGAAGUCUUGGUAAGCAUAUUAAGCUUAAUAAGGUUGUAGUACGUGAAGGUAUGCAUAGCCAUGUUUCACUUCCGUUUUUGCAAUAACAUUGAUGUUUCUAAUGGCAACCUCUUCCAAUUGUGUUGAAAAGAAGCAAAUGUACUUGGGGUAACAAUGGGAGACAAGACGUUGUUCUUUGUUCUUUUUUGUUGCUAGGUAACCAAGGGUAAUUACACUCCUUUUUUCCCUCUUGGGAUUCGUGUUUAUUUUUCUGAGGAGACAAUGGGCUUAUAAUUCAAUUUUGUUGACUAAUGCCUACAAUUUAAAUUGUCUUAAAGUAUGGUAAUUGAUUGGUUUCUUGUGUACCACAAGAUUUUGUUUAAUUCACUGUUGGUGGGAAUUUUGUAACUUAUUAUUGUGUAUCAGACAUAAGGUUGAUAAGUUCAACUUUCUGCAUGUGACCUGGCAUUGAAUUUUUUUUGUUAUUAUUAUUUUUUUUUUUAACAAGAGAGAGGGGGGAAAUAACGCUUGAUACACUUUUUCAAGAGCUGCCAACUGUCUCCCUGCCCCCAGGCUAAAAAAUUAAUUAACAUCUGGUUGAUCUGUGAUCAUGGUGUGAAAGAUGUCUGCUCUUUGUACUAGGGGAAAUAAAAAUAAUGGCUCUGUUCAGUUAUAAUUUAUUUGAGAAACUAACACAAGCUUAUUUCUGUGAUAGAGUAGUGAAAACUUGAAGUGCAAAAUGAUAUUAUCGGCCACAAAAAUGAAAAAUAUUGAAAAAAAAAAUGUAAGCGGGGAAGAAUUUGUCCACCAAUUUCAGCAACACCAUUGCAAAAAUUGCAGUCACUAGGAGAAACUAUCAGAACGGAAUGGUGUCAGACAUAUUGUGUCUGGACCAGAUUCUGGCUAUUUUUACAUGUGAUCUGUGAAAUAAAUGUAUUGACAUUUAAUCAGAACAGAAUGGUGUCAGAUGUAUUUUGUCUGGACCAGAUUCUGGCUUUUUCAUGUACGUGGUCUGCAAAAUAAAUGUAUUGACAUGUGUUAUUUGUAUUGACAAGCGUUAUUUUCCCCCAUGCACAUUUAAUGUAUUGACAAGCGGUAUUUUCCCCCAUGUAUGUGGUCUGCAAAAUAAAUGUAUUGACAUGCUACCCUUCCCACAAAAGAGAUAAUAGAGAUAUAAGAGGGCAUGAUCACAUACUAGUCUGUAUUUGGCAAAUUGGACUCGUGUCUGUUCUAGAUGAGACACUUCAUAUUAAAAUAUUGUACAUCUUUUUUACGCCUAAUGUUUUUUCUUAUUGUUAUGUGAAUAAGGCUUCCAAAGUUUUCAAAUUUUGUGUUUUUCCUGCCAUGAUGGAUCAUAUUACACCUGUAUACUUUGACCUCGGUGUAAAUUCCUUCAUCUCCGUAGAAGGGAAAGACAAUAUAAAUACCGGUAUUCUUGUCAACAGUAUUAUUGUCAACUCAAAACCCACUUGGAAGUAUUAAAUAUCCUCAAAGAUCAGCAAAUCUCUUGGAAUUCUUGCAAGAUUGAGACAAUGGUUCUCAUGCAACUAAGCAUAUUUUGAUCUUUGACAGACCAGCCCUGUUUGCAGUGCUAUUGGUGUAUGGGACAAGCUACUCAAAGAAAUCUAGAUGAACUUUAAAUAAGGGCUGACCAUGUGACUUUUUAAGGGGGAGGGGUAUAUGGGUGGUUUGGUUUGGGUAAGAAUUUUAUUUUUCCCAAAGCUCUGGUGACAGAAUUUUAUUUCCUGACAUACAAUGGUGUAAGAAUUUUUUCCAGCAUUUGCUAUGAAAGAUAUUAUUUUUUCAGUGCACGUAGGAAUUUUUUUUUGCCAGGUAUUUCCUUGCAAGAGUUUUUUCCCUGUAAAUCAGUCUGCAGAAAUUUUUUUUUCUGAAAUCACCCAUAUCCCCCUCAAAAGUCAAAUGGUCAUCCCCUUAUGAUUAAUUUUGCAAAAACAUAGAGCAUAACUUGCUCCAUACAGAUGUAGAUUUUGAUGUAUACAACUUAGGCCAUGGUGGAGCUAUAUGGGAAAAGGAAAAGAUUACUAUGGCUGCUUAUCUAGGGGCCAGUUUUACGAUUUAUUCAUGAUUUACAUAACACCAGGCUCCAGUGAACACCUCAUAUACCUGGGUUGUUGAGUCACCAAUUGAUACAAGUUUGCAUGAGUUUCGGCAAUCUAGUGGUGGAAGUAAGAAACAGAUGCUGAAGGCUAAAAAUAACUAAGAAAUAAGAAAUAACUCUUUGUGUUUACCCAUCUACAGAGAGCCAAUUAUUGAGUUCAAUUUGCAUUUGCAUGGUAACAAGAGGAAUGAGCGCAAUGAAAUGUACAGAAGGAGGCUCACUGAUGAGGUUUGUUACAUAAUUUAUAAGAAGUUUAAACUUGCCUGCAGACCAAGAUGUCACACAACCUUGAUACCUGCCAAGUGUCACUUCUGAGAAUUGUAAACUUUGAUCUCAAGCCAACUCACGCCUGUGUUCUAAUUUCUCAUGCAGGGUAAAAAUGUUUGAGCCAUUUAAUACAGCAUUAACUAUCUCAUUUUGAAAAAUAUAUUAAUUAUUUAAAGAAAGUGGAACCAAAUUAUGAGAGAAAAGAAAAGUCCAUGUGAAUGUUUGACUUUCUCCGAAUAUUUCCCUUAUUUUAGUAGGGGAAGUCUCUGAAGACGGGUCAUGUUCCCUCAUGUUCCCAUGUUCGUGUUAGACAGAACUCUUUGCAGCAUCUUCGGAAAUCUUUGGAACAUUUUCGGAGACGUUCAGAUAAUAUUUAUUAUCGGACCCCUACAAAAAAUCCUGACACUCUCAGGAUAAAAAGUGUCAUGCCUGUAAAUUAAAAAAAGCUGGCGGGUAUAACUUAACCUAAAUAGACUGCAAAACAGGUUUGGGAGUAAACAAUACUUAUAUUAGGUCCACUUAAGCUGGUGUGUGGUAGUCAACUAGCAAGUGUGACUUUACAAACUGAAUUGGGAGGCCAUUGACAAAACCUUGACUGAGUCAGGUGAGCGUGUAUAACCCUAGGCCAUAAAAUAAAUCCUUUACUGAUUUACCUGGUACAGAUUAAGUUGCCUGGAUAUGGCUCAUUUUCCUAAGGGGGUGGGGGGAGGGGGGGUCUUGGGUUAAUUUUUGCUGGGCAUGUGCUGCUAGCCUCUCCGAGCCCAUACCUCAUUAUUGUCUAUUCUGGGGCCAAUAUUAUUAUAGACCCCAUCUUAGUCACUUUUGGGCAAAUAUGUAAUUUUCACAAUCCCAACUCAGUCACUUUCUAUUUUUAUGAAUUGACCCAUGGAGAAUGCUUUCCUUUUCAUUUUUCAUUUGCAGUACAAACAUACUGGUACGUUUGCUAACCAUAAAUAAGAAGAACAGUCUUACCCCCAAAAUUCCGAAAAUGUGCGACCCCAUUCUAGUAACUCUUGAAAAUGUGACCAGCGGCACAUCUCCAUUAGCCUCUUAUAAGGCAGUAACCCCGCCCCCACCCACCCAUGGCUCAUUCUUUAUAGCGGAGCUCCUUGCGCGCGCGAGCGGAGCACCAUAACUAAGAUAAUUUGGUAAACUAUCCAUCCGAGAAAUUUUGGUUAUGACGUCAGCGUACGUCCGUCCGUACGGACUUUCCGGGUAGUGGAAAGUAGUCCGCAUCGACUCUUGGGGUAGGGGAAAGUAGAGAUUUUUUUGGCGGGAAACCGCAUGGCGCAACGUCGCGCAAUCAUAUCGCGCAACUGGUUUUGGAAAAAGAAAUUUCAAAGCAACUUAACAAAAAGAUUUUUCGACAGAGCCUGUAUAACUUUUUAUUACAACUUACGAAAACUAUUAUGUCAACAAACAUAAGGAGAGAGAUUUUAGCAUGUAGACGACAGGUUUUAAGCAGAGAGCAAGAGUCAACACGCGUUACGAGCAAGCGAAGACGAUCGCCAAAGAGAGUGCGUUAGAAGUAGAAGAAGAAGACAACUUUUAGCGAAGAAAGUCGGCGCUUAGAAAGAGUCAGGGCGAGAAGAAGGAGAGAAAAUUAUAGCGAAAAACGCCGGCAAGCAGAACGAGACAGAGCUAGAAAUAUGAAUAGACAAAGGCAACGCGAAAGAGAAAUACAAAGGCAAAGAGAACGGCAGCAAAAUAAGGAAAGGAUGACAGAAAGUGUUGCGUUAAUGUCAACUAUAGCCUCCACCCAUUCAGUGAUGAACGAACCCCAAAGGACGUCUGCGGGGAGGCUAAUGUCACUAUGGCCCCGCGCUAUUAACAUUUUGAUUUCAGACUGAUCUCGGACGCGAAAAUUCAGCCAGUCAUUUAAACAUACAAGCAGGGAAGACAGAGGCUUUUCACUUUUCUUACCACACGCGUUGAUCACGCUAUACGACCGUCCAAUUUUUAGGUGGUUCAUGCAGAAAAUUUAUACAGCAUCUUGAAACUUGUUUACUUUGACAGCUGAAGCUGACAGAGUUUUUUUGUCAACUUGUGAUGUUUUUUACUGUCUUUUUCCACUGGAUACAUAAAAUGAAAUACAGCUGCUAUCAACAGUCUUCUGUUAUUCAUGGCUGGUUUGUUUAUUGAAUUUUUGAUUGAGGAAUGCGCCGCUUGUCAAAGUUGGAAAUCCGAUUUCGGAUGGCAUCGUUUUCGUUUUUCACCUUGCUGGAUGCGGGUUGAAAAGUCCCUCAAGCGAUUCUGGCCUUACUUGAUAGCUUUCAGGAGCUGAAUCUCGAAUGGUAAGCCUGAGUAAUUAUAUAUUGUAUAAAAAAAUUGUAUGUGUUUGUUUUUUUUAUAUCUAAUUCCAUGAAGUCGAGCGCAGUUGAUGAGGCUAGUUAGUGCACGUUUGUAUUAAGAUCUGAGACAAUGAUCUGAUCUAGAAUGAGGUUUCUUAUAAGCUUACAGAGCUUUAAAAAGCCUUUAGUCGAUAUCUUCUCUAGUCUCCAUAAAAUAGAAAGAAAAAAACGUUCAAGAGUAUUUAGUUAUAAUUUUGGCUGUAGAAAGAAAGCUUCGAGCGAGUUUCUUGCCUCGAGUUCAUCUUUGAAAACAGUAAACACCAGGAAGCCGGCUAAAAGCUUUAAGCUUAAGCUUAAAGACUCAGAAUUUUUAGAGACGCUUUAAUACUCUCCUUCGUGAAUGAAAAUUGUUGCCUCUGUAAAUGUUUCACUGAAUUGCAUUUCUUUUAAUGAUUGUUAGUAGUCUCUUGCAAUUUUAAUCGCUUUUCCGUUUGUAUUCAGUCGUUCAUAAACAUCGCUUGCAGGAGUACUCAAAAUGCCGCGCGUAUCAAACGCUUUUUAAGAUUACACAUCUUUAUAAAACCAUUAAAUAAAAAAAAUAAACGCAGUAAAUUCUUUAUUAUGUUGAAGCGUAACUCUUUCAAUGUUCACUGAAAAUUUUGCACUUGUCAAAAGUGAGAACCGGCUAACUGUAUAGGUGAUUUUGGAAAUUUUCUGAACGGUUUUGCUAAAAGCUAGUCACAUGUACGUCGUACGGUUCUGAAUAUUGAAUGGAGGCAAUUUGUCUUGAAAAAUUGUGAAAUACUGCAUUUUGUCUGAAGUCUGUAUGAUAAAAACAGCGCCUCAUAUUACUGUUUCACCUCAGACGUGAUGUAUAAAAAGUAUAAAAGUUUGGUUUACACGCACCCACAGUUAUUGGCUAAAUUUUGUUGAGGAAACUUGUCGAACGCAAAAAUUCGGCCUGAUUUGUUUUCCAAGUAUUCGUUUUCCAGGCCUAAUCUACUGUGAUCAAGAGCCAUUAUGGCUCUUAAAUGUGAUUGAAGAUGAUUGCUAUUUUUUGGGUGUAUAUAUACGGCUAUCAAUUCGAUGUAAGAUUUUUUUUUUCACUCUAAAAUCUCUUAGCCUUAGCUUUCCCUAAAAAGUCACAUAUGUGCCCUUAAGUUAACUGAUUUGUGGAUUACAAGUUUAUUGUUUGAUUUAAAUUAUAAAUUUAUUAAUGGGAGCUUCGCUUUUAGCCCUGGCUAAAUCUAUAUAUUAAUCAGCACGUGUUUCAAAUAUAGGAGCAUAACUUACAAUACAAAAAUUUUUUUUUUCCUUUUGCAGGAUGCUAGUAUUUUAUACAAAACCUUAAAAAGCAACACAUUCAUUAUUGGACUGGAUCUAGGAUACAACACUAUAGGAGAUGAAGGGGCUGAGAUAAUAGCCCAACUUCUCCAGGUAUAAUAUGUAAAGAAAAAACAAACAAACUAACAAUCAAGCAAAACUAAAUGGGUUUCAGUGUCUGGGCUGUCACAGAGAUAUCAGGUUGAUGGUUGUAUGCAAUUUGUAAGCAGGAAAUUGAGCAACUAAGAAGUUCUUUUGGUUCAAUUUGCUUUUUGUUCCUUGCAAAAGUAGAUGGUUGUAUACCCCUGGCCCCAACCUUUUAUGAGAGCCCUGUAGGGUAGACAGUCUGUAAGUACUAAUAAAAAUUUUUGGUAGAAUAUGAGAAUGAGUACAAGGUAUAUGUUGUUAGUUUAUUUUUUAUCUCAGGUAAUUUUUGUUUUUCUCUUGUUUUUGGGUAUGGUAAUGUAUGCUAAUGACGUUGAAACAAAGGAAAAAUAAAAAUUGCAACUAAAACAUACAGUAUAAUGAACUGCAAGUCAAAAUGAAAUUCAGGUUAAAAUUUUUUUAACCUUAUUGAUUCUCAGUUUCCUUUGUCUCCUAGUCCUGAUCCAUGUAUUGGUGACAAAUGAUCGACAUAUAGUUGGGUUGAAUUGGGACAAAGAUAUGGCUGAGUCCUAAAUACAUAACACAACUAGCUGUUUUUACAAUACAGACAAAGGACAUACAUGGCCUGCCUAACAGGGCCUCAUUUGCCAUGAAGGGGGAAACACACAAGUAAUGUCGGAAAUAAAUUACUGUCGGUUGCAUCUCUGUCUGUACUUGUCAGGGGAGCCUGUGUGGCAGGCGUUAAAAGGGGAAGGGGGAAUUUGGGUGUGGCGCCCAAAUCCCCCCUUCCCCUUCCCCUUCCCCUUUUAAUGUCUGCCAUGCUGGCUAACGUGAGGAAAAAACAUAUUCUAAUUGGGUGCAAGCUUGACAUGUUUUGGCACCAAACAUUUGAAGUUUGGAGUCGGUGGCUGUUGUCGAAUUGAUUUGUGAGACAUGAUGAAUAAUUUCUGGAGGCAAGUGAGCUGUUUCUUAGUGAGAAAUAUGCCUGAAAGUUGAGAAAAUGAAAUAUGAGCAGACAAGCUUGUCAAGAACAUAAUAAACAACUUACCUUUGGUGUGAAAGGUUGCGUUAACGGCUGUCAAACUUCAAAUGGACGGCAAAACAUGCCAUGUGAAGCACCCUAUUAGAACAAGUUUUUUGUCUCGUGUCCACACUUAGAUGCAACCAAUGGUAUUUCACAUGUGUUGAUCAAACUGUUAUCCCUGUGUCUGUUAUAGGAAACAGUGUGUCUGCAGUGGUUGGUGCUAAGUUAUAAUGACAUUGGACCAGCUGGUGGUGAGGCGAUAGCCAAGGGCUUGCAGGCAAGUUAUGCAUAUUAUAGUACAGUGACAGACUUGAUUUUGUUCACUGGUGCAUCCAUGGACUGUUUCAAGCAAGUCGCUGAUACACUCCUCCAUGGCUGGUGUAAUAUUAUAUUUAAACUUUGAUCAUGCUCACCAUAGAGCCUCCAGUAGAUAAAACCACAAAAAAGUAGAUUUACUCAAAUUUGCUUGGAGCAAAUAUGAUGCAAAAAAGUACAAACUAGGAGGAAAUCAAAAGCAGAUAAUGAUAAAUGCGGCAUUUGCAUACCCAAUUUUCUGAACUGUGUGGUGUUUAAUGUUUCCUUCUUUCAAAAUAUAUUUUAAGUAACACCCAAUUUAGAGCUGCAAACAAUUUGCCUUUUUCAUAAAAGCCUAUGUAUAUUUGACUAAGUUACCAUUUUAGCUAUAAAACAAAAAUGUGGUUGAACUCAAUCAAUCGUCUUAAUCUGCGUCAUCGGUAAGAAUGACACUUUAAUGUGUGAAUACUUUAACCAUAGGUAAAUGAGACCCUCGGAAAGCUUAGAAUAAAUGGAAACAAAAUAAAGAACAAAGGCGGAAUGGCAUUAGCAGGAGCUCUUCAAGUUAAUACCAUGCUAGAGGAACUUGACUUGGGCGAAACAGAUCUGGUAAGCACAUGCACAUUCAGUGGGGGGGAAGUGGUACUCUAUGAAUGUUUGGUGGGGAGGGGGUACUCUGGAUUUCAAGUGACAGGAAUGAUCGAAUGAGGGGAAAAAUCAAAACCUAAAAAACUCCCUGGACCAAAAGUUAACCCCCAAAAAUCCCAUGCCAAAUUUCUGAGCCAUAAAAAUUUAUUAUCGGAACUACGUGGCCGGGAUAUGUAGGAGUUAUCAUGAAUCUUCAGAUUGUUUUGAAUGCACAAAAAAAUCCCUUCUUAAAUCAAGCUACCAGAAAAAAAAAAUAUUUGCCAAAAUUUUGCAACCCCCCAAAAUCCCGAAAUUGAAACUUUCACUCCCCAAAACUCCUUUGGUCAUCCCCGUCACUUGAAAUCUGCAGUAUCCCCCCCUGGGGGUGGGGCUGCUGUUUGGAACCUGGAACCCUGUUAGCCUAUUCUAUUUUCUUAACACUACAAAGAGCAUUGAGCUGGCAUCCAAACGUCUCUCCAUGGUGUCAUUGUAUUGUAUGAUUGAUGUUAUUCAUCCAAUAAAUAAGUUUUUUUCUGUUAUUGGGCAAUGUUAACCCCAAUUAUUGUCAUAGAGCCUCUGCAGGUAUUUUUUGCAGGUCACAUUCCACAGGUCAGAAUACAGGUCACCGUGCUAGAGAUAAUCAAGCAAAACUGCGUGCGUCUCCUAGCCCUAAUCCUUAUCCAAAAUGUUAUUUUUAAAUGAGGGCAAAUAACUUGGUUUACUAAACUAUCAAUAAAACAGCGACCUGUACACGUGACCUGCAGAAUGUGACCUGUAAAAGGAUAUAGGCUGUCCUCCCACGCGGAAAUUCCUGUGGCUUUAUAACGCAUAGACUACGAGCAGCCGCUCUUUUUUCUUAGUCCGUCGAGCAAAACGCGCGAGACACGCAAAUGACCACGCGUAUGACCAUGCGCAUGCCCUCGUUUCGCGCGUCUCGCGGCUUUGCCCCUCCCGUGCGUGUGCACUGCUCUCACUAAAUCUGAAGAAAAAAAGAGACUUCUCGCAUUCUCUAUUACGUGUGAUUGUAACUUUCCAAUGAACCGGUGAUGAAUGUGCUUGUAACUUUCCCAUGAACCGGUGAUGAAGCCCCUAGAACGUCUGUGUGGAACUAAGGCUAAAUUAUGAUAACCUUUUUCUUCAAAAAGGUUGGAAAAUUUAGAUUAGAAACGAAAAUUAUAAUAUUAGAUUUUUGCUAAUACUGAAUCUUGGGAUUUUGAUGUUGGUGGCCACAAUGAGCCCUGUAUAACUCUCUUCCUCUUUCCUUGCAGGAAAUUGAAAGUGUCAUUGCAAUGGCCACGGUUUUAAAUUACAAUAAUACAUUGAAAUCAAUCAAUUUGAACAGACCACUCCUGCGUACCCGUCAGGUGAGCAAAAGUUAACUGCUUUGUCGUGACUUGGAGUACGUGACUCUGUAGAUUGUUGUUCAGCCACAGUGAACAGUAUGUGGGGGUGUGUUCGAGCAACUCGCUUGCUACACAAUGAGGUACCAGGAGUCUGAUUUACAUCUUGGCCUUUAUUCUUCUUUGACUUCUGCUAACAAUCUUAAUCUUCCUACUCUUCUAACUCUUUUCUAUUUUCUACUCUUCUCUACUUACUAGUUCAAGUAUAGUAGCGGUUUUCAUAGCCAAAGCUGGACAUGUUUGGGUUAGCUGACCGGGAGACCAUCAGUAUUGAAUAUCUUAUCGCUAAUAUUGCAACAGGUUUGCUAUUGUUAGGAAUAGAUUAGCCUACGCACAGUCGUAACUGACAAGUACCAAAGAACCAAGGUCACCUCUAACACCACAAACACGACUACCUGUAAAAAAACUAACAUCUGACAAUGCCAAGUGAAUAAUAUGGCAAUGAGUAAAUUCGCGAGCUAAUAAUAAAUUCAAGUACAAGCAAAAACAAAAGAUCAAAACAGGAAAACAGUACGUGGACAAAAACAAGACUUAAUGAAACAAAAACUAAACUUAAAAGAUAAGAUACAUCCGUCUUAAAAAUAACUUUCAAAAUACUUCAAGUAGCAGAGUUACGUUUGACCUUGAUUUUAGCUUGACUUCCAUAAUUUUUAAGAAGCUGCUCUUUCAGAAAGAUCUGUGUAGUUGCUGUAGGUAAUUUCAACCACUAGGAUAUCAUCAUACAGUAUUCCAUUGUCUGAAGAAUCAGAAAAGCUUUAUGCAUUAUGAUAAGUUAUAUCCAGCUUCGUAUAAAUACAUCAAACGUUUCUACAUUAUUACUAGCAUUGCUUUCCUAUUUGGGCAAGCGAAGCGCGCCUCGCGAGAACGCGCGAGCGAGGGGCGAGGGGCGUUUCCCACUGCGCCUCGCGGAUUCGCCCGCUCGCUCGCGCGUUCUCGCGAGACUCGUUUCACUCGCCCAAAUAGGAGAGCUUGCUUGCAAGCUAUUACUAGCAUAAAUUUCUAAUACUGGUAUUUCGGCAAAGCUAUGAAAAGUGGAAAACGCACUAGCUAACAUUUUCUCAUGUCUUAAUUUCCACGGUUGUGUAGGAAGAGCCCACAGUUCACUUGGCCAGAAUGUUGAAAGUAAAUGUUCGCCUCCGUGAAAUUCAUCUAGCACAUUACGAUAUGAGAGACUUUGGUGCAGAGAGACUCAAGGAGAACCUUUUUGAUAAUCUGAACUUAACCCACCUAGAUUUAAGAAGGUAAGGCCAGGUUCAUACGCCGAACCUGUCGUGAGUCGAUUUCCACGUUCCCUUUGUGUAUCGCCUCCCUCGCGAGUGGUAAUUUUUCACGCGCGCUCGUGAAAAUUUCGCUCGCUGUAGUAAUCCUGAGGGGCUACUCAUAGUCUUGACCCCAUACUUUGAAUUACUGUAAGCUUCUUGUGAGCUUCUACUUCUACCUGAAAAUUGGCGUCUGAAUCAAUCGGAUGUUUCCUUAGGAGACUUUUGUAAUGCUCAUGUGCUUGCAACAUGUAUUAAAUUAUGUCGCUGCCUCAACUUUACUCUUCGGUUCCGUUUUUCUCAUGAGCCAAAAGGAGAGCUAAAUGCCUUAUCCAUGGCUAUUUUUGUUUUAUAAAAGUAGUUGCUGACCGACUUGAAAGCAUAUUACCUACCAUGGGCAUUCUGUAAUCUUUAUUGUUAUUUAUUUUUUGUGUGACUAUUUCAAACAUCUAUCUAAAUUUUUUUAAUUUUUUUUCUUUAUCAGUCCAACUUUUUAUGCUAAUACUGUGGAAUAAAUUACUUUUGAGCCUUGAAACGUUUUAUUUGAUAUCCUUGCGGCGAGUUUGCGCCCCCAGUAGCGCAUAUUGUGCAGCUUACCUUUAACUUGGCGGACAGUACAUUUUUCUGGCUGGUGUUUAUGUAUUCUUUUUUCUUUUUUCAAUACAGUAACAACAUAACAAGGGAUGGUGCUAAGCAACUAGCUCUGUUGUUAAAAGCUAAUACGCCACUUGAGGUAUUGAACCUAGCAUACAACAGAAUUGAAGAUGAUGGAGCUGUUGCUUUGGCCGAGGCUGUAGCUGCUUACAAUACCAACCUGACCACGUGAGUAUCGCUCAAUUUUAUGAGUAGAAUGGCAGUGCCAUUCUUUCUGGCAACCCUUUGAGCACCUACGACGUUGUCCAUGCCCUUGGUUUUUCAUGUAGUGGGCUAGCAUAGUCAAAUACAAGGGACCGAAUAUUUUUGCACAUGCUCUCCAAAGCUCUAUCAAGUUGAAAGGCGAUCCCAUGCCAAUAGGGUAACGUUACGUGGUCAGACUAGCCUAAAACUAGCCAUGUGGUCAGUUAGUCUGUUUGUCAGCCAGCUACCGGGCACUAGAUUCCUUUCCCAUUUUUUCCAUUCACUCUCCAACCCCUCCACCCACUUACUCAGUCUAACAGUGUCAAUCAGCCUUUCAGUCAGUCUUACUGUUCCCGGAGUCUGUCUGUCUGUCAGCGACCAGUCUCUGUCAAUCAGUUAGUCAACCGAUCUGUCAUAUGCUCCCAGGAGUCUAUCUGGCAGUGGCCAGUCAGUCAGUCAGUCAGUCAGUCAUAUACUGUCUCUGAAGUCACUGUCUGUCUGUCAGCAACCAGAGGGUCAGUCAUUCAGUCAGUGAAUCAAACAGACACAUAAAUUAAGUACUACAAACUUCAUAUUUUUUCUUCUUUUACUAUGCUAAAUCCAAUCAUUUUAUUACUUCCUUUUGGUUUCUUAGGUUGGUAAUCUGUAGUAAUAACAUAGCUAGUGAAGGCUUAUGCGCUGUUGCCAGAGCUAUGAGGAGUAACGGCUCGCUUCACGCUCUUUAUAUCUGGGGAAAUAAACUUGAAGAACCAGCAUGCAAGGUAGGGAUCAAACAAACCUUAUUUUUUAGGCGAAAUGUGGGGAUCAUUUUAGUUUCCUGGGAAGCUGCCCACCCACCCCUCCCCUGAGCCAACAUUACGACUUACUUCUCACUUAGGGCAAAAUUUUGGCGUAGGAGAGGGGUAGGUGGUCAUUUUCCCUGAAACAUGAGUUGAUCUCAAUAUGAUUCUAAGGGCCUGUUUACAUGGAGUGGGGGACCCCGGUCUAGCGGGGUUGGUUUCUUUUGUUUUCACGCUCUGGGGGACACAAAACAAAAGAAACUUACCCCACUAGACCGGGGUCCCCCACUCCAUGUAAACAGGGUCUAAAACUUUGCUGAGUAGAUGAAAUGUGCAGAUUCUAAUACAAAAGUUACCUGCCAUUUUUCACGCAUUAUGCGUGAUUCUCACUCCUUCGACUGACUACUGACUCACAAAUCCCGACGAAUUGUCCUACGAAAACUCAAUUCAGUUUCCCCGAAAAAUAUUCCAAAAAGGCGCUUAAUGUUAACUUUGUGCGCUCACUGAAUCAUAACACGCUUAACUUCGGUAAUGCUCAAAGAUCGUUGGGGACAUCUUUGGACAUUUUCGACAUUGUUCCCAAGUCUGUGAAAAACCUUCGGAACAUUUUGUAAAUCCCCGGGUGCUUUCCAUUUAGGCAAAAUUACCGGUUUAACCGGUUUGAAUGCAAUUGGAAAGCGCGGUUUGACCGGAAAUUUUAAUGGGCGACCGUUCCGAAGUAUUCCCCUUUUUUAUCCCAGCCGGUUGGAACAGACAUUCCCGUUCCUUUUGCACAAUUCUGUUUCGACAGGCGGAUGGGGCCUGUAAUUUUUCCCGCCAUUUGCCGGUGAACGUUGUUCACGCACACUCGCAUUUUUUUUUUCUUUUCUUAUAUCUUUUCGUUCAAAAUGGCAUCUGCGCAUGCACGUCCGAUGCAAAAGCGCUGGGAUGAUUUUCACGUAAUACUUCUCGUUUCUUGUGGCAAAAACAAAAGCCAGAAUUUCGUUAUGGCACAUCAACCAAAAGAGAAAUCCCCCCCCCCCCCCAAAAAAAAAAAAAAAAACUGUCAGCGAAUGAAUGAGAAUGAGAUGCAAACGAGGCUCUGUGCCUGGAAAACCUUUCCACUUGACGCGGAAUGUUUCCGGAAUUUCUAACCAGAAGUUUUGUCUAAAUAGAAAGGGCCCCCGGUCAUGACAAGACGAGAAACUUACGCAUUUUACUUAGAAAAAGUCCAAAGGUGCUGAGCUCGUAGUUCAUCAUUGUGUAGCGAUGAAGCGGAUAAAGACUUAACGUUUGUCAAGAGAGAAGGAGAAAUAAACUGUAUAAACAAAAUGUCCCUCUUCCCAAACCCACCCUCCUUAUUAGACCGCGAGCGGUCGUCCUCUAUCCUAAGAGCCACGCGCGGCGAAAAUCUACAGUGUCUCAAAAGAAAAAUAAGAAACUGCUCGCAGUCUCCUACCUUAUAAGUUGAUUUGACACUCGUCUCCUGGCUGGGCUGGAUAACAUUUGAAACCAAGGUGACCGCUCGAACGGGUAGGCGCUCGAUUCCAACGAUCUUACAGAAGGGUUAGGGCCAUUUGUACGAGAGAAAAAAAGACGCGUCCUACAUAAGACGCGUCCUAACUAAGACGCAAACUGCACCGUUUAUACGAGCACGUCUUGUCUUAGACGAAAACAGCUAAAUAUAAUAAUAAUUCCGUUGUUUACCCUCGGCAGUAUUUAUAGCACUAAGGCUAGUGAGGCCGAGCAAAUGUUUAUAAUUCAAAUUGAACUUAACAGGGUUAAGAAUCCGAACUGGCCGGAAGCAAAUUAGCUGGCCAUUUACAGGCAUAGGCGAGGAUUUGAACUCGGGGUUUCCGAAUUGCAAGUCCAACGCUCUUAAUACUCGUCCACGCUGCUCGUAUAAAAUGGUCGCGUCUUUAUUUUCGUCCUUAUUUCAUUUGAAUAUUGCCCUUAGCAACGGCAACGUAACAUUGUAAGUUCAUUUGUAAGUAUAUAUAAAAAAGGCUCUGAUCUACUUACACCAGUAGGUGUAACACAUUUGUCGAGGAGGUCUGCAAUUUGCUUUGCUUUGCACAGUCCGCGGCGGGGCACGAGAAAAAUUUCCCCGCCAAAAAUUAACGCAUGCGCAGUAUGUGUUCGCGUCUUGAUUAUUUUAAUAAAGAUGACAAGGUCUUUUAUGCGAAGUUUUUCUCGUCCUAGCUCGAAUCAUCUCAUUUUUUUCAGACGAAAUGUGCCGUUUAUACUGGAAGUCUUAUCAAGAUAAGCCUUACGUAAGCGCGUCCUAUUUUUCGUCGUAUAAAUGGCCCUAUUGAAGACUGUGAACAGUUUAUUUUAUCGCGAAUUCGAGCGAAUGUCUAUUUGUGUUUUUAGGCUUUUCAAGAUCUGUUGAAUGGUCCUGUUCCUCGUCUUGAUCCGACUAAUACAGAUGUGGAACCUUACGUUGUUGAUGGAAUCGUGUACUUAGCAAGACUUUCAAGUCCUUUUUAGUCUUUUUGUUUUGGUUUAGUUUUCUUUGCUGUAGUUUGUAAACAUGCAGAUGUCACAUUUGUUUGGGUUUGUAAAAUAUUAAAUAGAUAUUUUGUACAAAUUUAAAUCAACAUCCCCUAAACCAUACAACUAACACGCAGGAUUGGGAUUUAAGACUGCCUAAAUCUAAAUCUAAAUGUCUGAUCUACAAAGGGCAGUGCAGCCCAUCCUCAGCAGAUAUGUGCUGUACUCGUGAUGUGUGCGCUAAAAAACAGUGCAGUGAAUUUGUGCUGGUGAUAUAAAAAUAAAAAAUGUUGAAAUGUUCAAUGGGGCC